UACUUUUUAAAGAAUAUAACUUCAUUUUUUGACAUAACGCUGCCACUUGUUAGUAAUCGAUAACAAAUGCAAGUAAUUUAUAUCGCUAGUUGCAAAAUCGAAAAGAAGUUCAUUGUCUUGAUUUGGACAAAGACGUUGAAUUUGCGCAUUAUUUAAUACAAAAAUAUAUUACAUUCAAUUUAGUUUCAAACGAACUCAUAGCACACAAACAAAAUGUCAGCAGAGACAGCUACACUCAUUCCAGAUGUCAAAGAUACAGGCGAAAAGACGGAAAGCACUGACAACAAGGAUGAGGAUUAUGUGGACAUGACGUUUACCAAGGAAGUGAGACUAGCGACAAAGGAUGUGCACAAGUUAACGGAUGUUCUGGUCAAUGCUAAAUUUGCAAUUGCACUUUCGGAUGAUGAGGUCUGGUACGAUGGUCUUUUGGUUUUCUACGAGUUAUAUAAAUUUUUUGAGACAAACUUGCCGGAACGUCUGAUACCCAAAGAGUUGCAUCGAGCCUCUGCAUUUGAACGCGACUUUGCUUAUUUCUAUGGUACCGAUUGGAAGAAUUCCUAUGAGCCGCGUCCAGCUGUCAAAGAGUAUUUAGCGCACCUGGAGCAGGUGGCAGCCAAAAGCGAGGUGUUGCUCUUUGCCUUUGCUUUUCAAAUGUACAUGGCCCUAAUGUCUGGUGGGCAGCUCUUGCAAAAGAAACGCAUGAUCGCGCGCAAACUAUGGAUCUUUCCAACAGACAGCGCCGAGCAGGAGCAGCAGCAAAAGCAAGCCGAAGAGGAUGCUGCCGAGGCAACAGCCAAAGCAGCGGCCACCGCUGCAGACGAUGGCAUUGCAGACAGCGAUCUACGUGCACGCCCAAUGCCCGUGCAGGUAACCAUUUCACAAGUGGGUUGUGAGGCGACAUAUUUUCCCAUACGAAUCGCUACGUUGAAAGUCAAGCUUCGCCGCAUUUUUAAUGAAGUCUACGGUAAACUGAAUGAGGAAGAGCGCGCUGAGUAUAUUGAAGAGAGCCGCAAUGUAUUUCGCAUGAAUAUUCAGUUGCUGCGCACAGUCAAAGGCGUGAAUCGUGCAAAUCUAAAGAAAUUGGCCAUUGCUGUAGUCUUUCUAACUGGCAUUUAUGUGGCCAUUAAAUUAGCUGUGAAGUGAUAUGUUGUUUGUUUCUAAUAUUUUUUAUGUUUUAAGUAAACUUAGUAAACUUAGAAUAUAUA